UUGCACUCUUACAAUAGGUGGAGUUCGCCGGUAGCAGGUACCGAUUACCACAGAACACACUCAACGUCUUGGCGCCGCUAGGACAAAAUGGAGCAUUCUUCAACAACGUCAACAACUGACAAAACAAGAAAAAGAAGUGCAUUGAGGAGAUGGGCAAUCGACGAAGAACUGAAAAGGCUGGCUGAGGAGAGACUGAUGAUUAGAAGGGCUUUGGUCUUGGUCCGAGAAAGCAUUGCAAGAAGAGAGGCAGAACUUUUGCUAAUUCGGAGACAAUUAAAAGCACUGAAGGGGGUGUAUUCAAAUGAGAGUCUGCCAGGAAAAUGUGACCAAAAUGGGACGGCGGGGGCCUCAAGCUGUGUGCCUCCUGAGAACACUGCUCAUCCUUGCACUUAG